AUGUCACUAUUCUCAUCUUUUACAACAAAAUAUCGGUUUCAUUUGGCCUCCUCAUCUACUGUGAGUGCUGCGGGUCUGCUCUACGCCCUGUCACAGGGUACGCGUCGUCAAUCGACAUCUGCGGGCAGCUCCAAGUUCAUAUUGCGCGAGCCGCCCCGCACGGCCCCUCGACAAGUGCCGACGCCCCUAGCUUUUGUGUCGGCAUCUACUUGGGACAAAGAGUCUGAUCGCGGGAUGACAGCGCUCUCGUCCAUGUUCGCUGAAAAGGGGUUCAUGUGCAUGGAGAUUGACCUGUCGUCCCCGCGCCAAGAUGGGACUCAGCGCUCCUCGACGGAGUUGAUGGCGCACUUCGAGAAAGAGCUCGCAUCCCAUCUGCGCUUCGGGACCGUCGCCCCUGGCCCCUUUCCCCCCAUUAUCUUCUCUCGCUCGCACGGUGCACUCAUCACCCAAACCUACAUCUCCUCUCACCCCGCCUCGGGUCUCAUCCUCAUGUCACCUCCACCUUCCAAUGCCUCGGCCGAAGGCAGUCUGCUCCCAACGCCGUUAAAGGAGUUUGAUUACGAAGUCAAGUUCCCUGUGGCUGUCGUUGGGACGAAAGGAGAGUUGGAACGGAUCAAGACGGUGGGGAGGUUAGGCAGUGACGCUGUUGACAUUAUAGAGGUCGAGUCUCUCGAUGGUCAAGAGGCAUUUGUGAAAAUAGAUACUUUGUUGGACGACUGGGGGGUUUAG